AUGUCGGACCAAGAAAUCACUCCCAGGACCGAGGCGGUCGAUGCUGCGCUCGGCGAUAUGAAGUUGGCUGAGGAGGACUCCGCGCCGGAGGCAAAACUUGCUACACCACCGUCAAAUACAGACGACAACCCACAACCAUCAGCAACACCAACACCGAAACAAUCGCGGUCACCUACGCCUGAAGAUAUGGAGACCAAAUCUGAAACGCCGACGUCUGAUGAUGAGGUCAAUACGGAGGUGGUCGAGGGAGAUAUCGUAGUGGUUAAGGAGCCCGGGAAAGCACCUAAACUGUCGAGAAAGGCCUCUCAAAAGGUCGUUUUUAGGCCCCCGCCGUUAUUUGAUCAUCUCGAAGAUGCUACUCCCGAAUGCGUAACGAAAUUUCAAGUCAUCCAGGACUGCAUCUACGGGUCGAAGUAUAUGGGUUCGGCUGACCAUGAGGCCCUGGGCUGCGACUGCUCUGAAGACUGGCGCGAUGGCAAGAAUCACGCAUGUGGGGAAGAUACGGACUGCAUCAAUCGCCUUACAAAGAUUGAAUGCAUGGACGAUGAGUGUAACUGUGGUCCUAACUGCCAGAACCAGCGCUUUCAGCGCAAGGAGUUUUCCAAGGUUUCCGUCAUCAAGACGGAGAAGAAGGGCUAUGGGCUACGCGCUGACACAGAUCUCUCCGCGCAUGAUUUUAUUUUUGAGUACAUCGGGGAAGUUGUCAACGAACCGACGCUGCGACGACGGAUGAGGCAGUACGAUGAGGAAGGCAUCAAGCAUUUCUAUUUCAUGUCCCUCAGCAAAUCAGAGUUUGUCGACGCGACAAUAAAGGGAAACCUGGGUCGGUUCUGCAAUCACUCAUGUAACCCCAAUUGCUACGUUGAUAAGUGGGUGGUAGGCGAUAAACUCCGCAUGGGCAUAUUUGCCGAGCGGAACAUCAAAGUUGGCGAGGAGCUCGUUUUCAACUACAACGUUGACCGAUACGGCGCAGAUCCGCAACCAUGUUAUUGCGCAGAGCCAAACUGCACUGGCUUUUUGGGUGGCAAGACUCAGACUGAACGGGCUACGAAACUCUCACAUACUACUAUUGAGGCUCUUGGAAUUGACGACGGCGAUGGAUGGGAUGUUGCAGUUGCCAAGAAACCUCGGAAGAAGAAGUCGGGAGAAGACGACGAGGAAUAUGUUAAUAAUGUUCAGCCAAAGGGGCUUGAUGAGAAUGGCGUUACGAAGGUCAUGGCUACGCUUAUGCAAGGCACAGAGAAGUGGAUUGCGGUCAAGUUGCUUAAUCGAAUACAACGGUGUGGAGACGAGCGAAUCCGACAAAAGGUGGUCCAAUUUCACGGUUAUCGUAUAAUGCGAAUAUGCUUGGAGACUUGGAAAGAGGAUAAUAACAUCAUCCUCCAAGUUCUGGACAUCCUAUACCAGCUGCCGCGCCUCACCAGAAACAAGAUUGUCGACUCGAAAAUUGAGCAGGUGGUCGAACCCCUGACUAAGUCGGAGCAUGAGGAUAUUGCGUCAGAAUCGCUGCGAUUGAUGGAGGUGUGGAGCAAGCUAGAAGUUGCUUAUCGCAUUCCAAGGAAGAAGUUCGAUCCAACUGCUCAAGCCGUAAACCAGUUUGACGCUCGUCGAGGUGGUGAUCGCGAGGUCGAGCCCUCACAUACACCGAAUCCAACCGCAGCAACGCCCACUGGGCCCAGAAACUCCACCGCCACACCACGAGGUUCUGCACGGCCCUUCCAACCAAGACCAUCCAUGCCGCGGAGAGCGCCGUUACCUGCAGGGUGGUUUGCAACGCUUGAUCCGGCAGGGAACACAUAUUAUUAUAGUCGCGGCGGUCAAACAACGUGGCAACGGCCCACUCUCCCUGCAAACGACGCCCCAGCACCAAAGAAGAACAUUGCAAAAGCUAUUCAAGACCAAAAGCGGCUUCAGGAUAUUAUUGACUCUGUCACGAAGGGCGACCAGGCUAAGCCAGUGGCAACGCCAAAGAUGUCCGAGGCAGAGUUGAAAGAGAAGAAGAGGGCUGAGAAGUGGCGCUCGUUGCCUGAGGAGAAGCAGAUGAAGAUAUAUGAGAAUACUCUUUCUCCUCAUAUUAAGUACGUCAUGGAUAAGUACCGCAAAAAGCUUCCCAAGGAAGAACUGAAGCGCUUCGCCAAGGAAAUCGGGAAGAUCCUCACCGCUUCUGAUUUCAAGCACAAGCGCGUUGAGGACCCGACCAAGAUCACCGAGUACCACGAGAAGAAAGUGAAGAAGAGCGUCCGCGACUACUUCGAGAAGGCCGUCGCGAAAAGGGUUGCGUAUGAGAAGAAGAAGGCCGAGAAGAAAGCAGCUGAGGCUCUCAAGAACGGCCAGACUCCCGCCAGCGUCGUUUCAAAUGACAUCGAUACCCCAGCUACGGCGGAUACCAGCACUCCGCUAGACGCAGAUGCUGAGGAUAAGGCGGCCAUGACUGAUGUCGACAUGUCGGAUGACGAGCUACAUCGGCAAUCCGUCCCAGGCACCCCCGUAGGCGAAAGCUCAGGCGACGACACAUUAAAGCGCAAGCGCGACGAAGAAGCCCAACACACACCCGCCGAUACCGACGACGCCUUCGCCAAACGGUUCAAGGCCGAUGGCACCGCAGUCGACGCUUCCCCCGGCCCGCCUCCACCCCCUCCGCCUCCACCAGCAGAUGCGCAGGUACCAGACCAGAUAGAAGAGGAAGACCCAGCAGCAGCAGAGAUGCGAGCCGCUCAAGAAGCACUCGAGCGAGAGAACGAGGCUGCAGUGAGAGAGGAGGAGAUGCAGCAAGCUAUGGUACUUGGAGUUGAGGGCGCGGAGUGUAAGAUGGGCGAUGGUAAUAUGGUGAACGGGACGCAUGAUAAGUCAGGCAACGACGCUGAGGGCGACAGCAAUGGUAGCGAGAUGGAGGGACUGCUGCAGAGCGAGCGGACGGAAGUCUUGAGUCACUGA